UAAAGAUCAUCUAUCUCACUGUGUCGCAUUGAUGCUUUCUCUUCUAACACUUCAUGGCCUCAUCGAUUCCUUCCACGGAAUUUGCCUCUUCAUCAUCCAAACUCCCAUGGAUGUACGAUGUGCUCUUCAACUUUACUGGAGACGAAAUCUGUAACAAAUUUGUUUCCAAUCUAGAUUCUGGCCUCUCUAGUGUUGGAUUCACCACUUUUCUUCACCACCACAAUGCAGUGAAACCAAUGCACAUCGAACAACCUAUUAUGGAUCUCUGUCGGGUAGCAAUUGUUGUUUUCACUAAAACCUACUCUCAAUCCGCUUGGUGUCUUCAUGAACUUCAAAAAAUCAUUGAAUGGCACAAAACUUAUUGCCGACAUGUUUUGCCCGUAUAUUACGAAAUUUCGCCAUCUGAUAUACGUCUUCAGAAGGGUGAUUUUGGGAAAGACUUUGAAGCUACUGCACGUCAAACCUUUUCAAGACAACAACUCAAGCAUGGUAUGUCCAGGUGGGGCCAAGCACUCACCAAACAGCAAAUUUCUUUGGAUGGGAUGAGAGCAAUCACAGGAGCGAUGCUGAGCUAGUAGACAAAAUUGUUAAGACUGUUCUUAAUUUAUCAGUCUUGUCUGCUACUAAAUUUCCAGUUGCAUUACAACCCAAGGUGGAAGAUCUUAUUCGAACUAUCAAAAAUAAAUCCACGGAAGUUUGUACAAUAGGGAUAUAUGGAGUGGGAGGAUCUGGUAAAACCACCCUUGCCAAAGCUAUCUACCAUCAAAUUCAUUGUACAUUCACGGAGAAAUGUUUCAUUGAAGCUGAUGUAGAAGGUAAAGGAUUAAGAAGUUGCGUUAGUUUACAAGAACAACUUCUUACAGAUGUCUUAAAAAUAAAGGUGAAAAUACCUACAGAGGAGAUCGGAAGAAGUAUGAUUUGAGAAAGACUUAACGGGAAAAGGGUGCUCAUUGUUCUUGACAAUCUGAAUGACUAUGGUCUAUUAGACCUAUUGGGAGGUAGUUCAUGGUUCGGUGAAGGUACUGUAAUAAUCAUUACAGCAAAAAAUAAAAACGUACCGGGGUUACAUCGAGUGGAUUCUGUUUUUCGGAUAAAUCUAAUGAACCCAAAUGAGUCGCUUGAGCUUCUUAGUUGGCACGCAUUUGGAGAAGCAAAACCAAAAGAAAAUUACAAUUACCUUGCAGAAAGAGUAGCUCAGUUUUGUGGAGGACUACCUCUAACUCUUGAAGUCAUUGGAGCUUGUUUAUUUGAAAUAAACAAAAAAGAAUGGGAAACUGUAUUGUUUAUAUUAAGGAAAAUUUCGCAUGUCGAUGUUAAACAGAAAUUGAAAAUAAGCUUUGAUGGUUUACACAAUGAAAUGGAAAAACAUUUAUUCCUUGAUUUUUGUACUUUCUUUGUUGGUAAAAGCCUAGCUUAUGUUAUGAAGAUCCUACAUGGCUUGGGAAUAGACGUUGACAUUGGAAUAAGAGUUUUGAUAGAGCGUAACCUCAUAAAAGUUACAAGAAACAAUAAAUUUGGAAUGCAUCCUUUGCUACAAGAAAUGGGAAGAGAAAUUGUUGGUCAAGGAGGGGAUGCAAGAUAUGCACUGGAAGAGAUUGAUGUGAGAACAUUCUUUAUAUAUGGUUUUGAAACUCUUUUUGAAAAUGUUUGCUUUCUCAUGCGCAAUACAUUUGUUUUUUCCUAGGUCUUUUUAUCCAAGAGAACAAAAAUCUCUAGGAAAUGUCCUGAGAAACUGUUUGUAACCAGAAAACGUUGCUUCAAACCUUAUCCUUUGGAGAUAACACACGAAUCAAGAGUGCUUAAACUCGCUGGAAAUCCUGGAUGC